UUUCCCACUCCAUUGGUCAUUUUAAAACACGCUUUGAAAAACGCUAAUAUUUGAAUCUAAUUCUAAAUGUGUAGGGAUAUUGUAAACAAUAUUUUUGUAAUUUAAAAGAUCCUGAACAUUAUCAUUGCUACAAAUGGGAGUACCGGCGUUCUUUCGGUGGCUGAGCCGUAAAUACUCCUCUUUGAUCGUCAACUGUGUGGAAGAAAAGCCAAAAGAUGUUAAUGGUGUUAAGGUUCCUGUUGAUACCAGUCAACCCAACCCCAAUGAUGUGGAGUUUGAUAACCUGUACCUUGACAUGAAUGGCAUCAUUCACCCUUGCUGUCACCCUGAGGACAGACCUGCACCCAAGAAUGAAGAUGAGAUGAUGAUCUUGAUUUUUGAGUUUAUUGACAGAAUUUUCUCCAUAGUCAGACCCAGACGUGUUCUGUACAUGGCCAUUGAUGGUGUGGCUCCCCGUGCUAAAAUGAACCAACAGAGAUCAAGAAGAUUUAGAGCUUCUAAAGAAACAUGUGAAAAAAUCAAUGACAUGGCUCGUAUCAGAGAAGAAGUGAUCAGCAAAGGAAUGUACUUGCCACCUGAGAAACCCAAGGAGGAGCAUUUUGACAGUAACUGCAUCACGCCAGGCACACCUUUCAUGUUCAAGCUAGCUGAGUGUUUGAGAUACUACAUCCAUGACAGAAUUAACAAUGACCCAGGUUGGCAGAACAUUAAGGUCAUUCUGUCUGAUGCCAAUGUCCCUGGAGAGGGGGAGCACAAGAUCAUGGACUACAUCAGAAGACAGAGGGCUCAACCAGAUCAUGAUCCUAAUACCCACCAUUGUCUCUGUGGUGCAGAUGCUGAUCUCAUUAUGCUGGGGCUUGCUACACAUGAACCCAAUUUUACAAUCAUCAGAGAAGAGUUUAAACCCAAUCAACCUAGGCCGUGUGACCUCUGUGGUCAGAUGGGGCAUGAAUUAAAAAAUUGUGAAGGUUUGUCUAGACAAGAAGGAGAUGAGAAGAUUUCAAUGCCAGGAGCAGAGCAACAGUUUAUUUUUGUCAGGUUGUCUGUUCUAAGAGAGUACCUACAAACAGAGAUAGCCAUGCCCAAUUUACCAUUCACUUAUGACUUUGAGAGGGCUCUUGAUGACUGGGUCUUCAUGUGUUUCUUUGUUGGAAAUGAUUUUUUACCACAUUUACCUUCGUUAGAAAUCAGAGAGGGUGCCAUAGACAGACUUGUAAAACUGUAUAAAGAUGUUGUAUAUAAAACUGGUGGAUAUCUGACAAAUAGCGGUGUUGUAAAUUUGAGUCGAGUACAGUUAGUGAUGUCAGAAUUGGGCAAGGUGGAAGAUGAAAUCUUUAAGAAAAGAAGAGAAACUGAACUUGAUUUUAGACGUCGAGACAAGCAGAAGAAGCAAAGAAUAAAACAUCAACAAAAUGCACAGAGGCCAAAGUGGAUGAUGGGUGGACAGUUUGCCCCACAGGCAGUAGGAAGACAAGGAGCUGGGUCUGCAGUCUCCAACCCCAGACAGGCAGCUUAUGAAAGCCGUAAACAGAACAUGUCUGGAGUUGCAGGCGCUACAGCAGAACUGAAGUCUCUGAUGUACAGAGAGGGUGACCAGCCGCCUGAGCAGCGGGGUCAGAAGAGGCCGAUGGCGGAGCAGGGUGGGCGGGGCGCUGAUGACGACAGCGAUGAGGAGGAGGCCCCUGAUGAUGUUAGACUAUGGGAGGACGGAUGGAAAGACAGGUACUACAAAUCUAAGUUUGAUGUUGACGUUGAUGACCAAGAGUUCAGAUACAAUGUGGCCAGACAUUAUGUCAUCGGCCUGUGUUGGGUGUUGAGGUAUUACUAUCAGGGCUGUGCUUCCUGGAAAUGGUACUUUCCUUACCAUUAUGCUCCAUUUGCAUCAGAUUUUGUAAAUAUUGCAGACCUUCCUAAUGAUUUUGAAAAAAACACACAGCCAUUUCAACCAUUGGAACAAUUGAUGGGAGUUUUCCCAGCUGCCAGUAAAAAACAUUUGCCAAUUACCUGGCAAACACUCAUGGAGGAUCCAGAGUCCCCCAUCAUUGACUUUUACCCUACAGAUUUUAAAAUUGAUUUAAAUGGAAAGAAAUAUGCCUGGCAAGGUGUUGCUUUAUUGCCAUUUGUUGAUGAGACAAGAUUGCGCAAGGCCCUUGAGGCAGUCUACCCAGAUUUAACAGAACAGGAGUUAAAAAGAAAUACCAGAGGAAAUGAUAGAUUGUUCCUGGGAGUUAAUCAUCCUGCUUAUGAGUUUCUUGAAGGCUUGUAUGAGGGAGACCUUACUACAGAGCCCGUUGCUUUAGACACCAAGUUAACAAAAGGAGUAGCUGGGCAAGUUUGGUGUGAUGAGUACAACAUUCCUAAAGGGGGUGUCGUACCUACUCCACUUCCUGACGUUGAAGACAUUUUAGACAACAGGUGUAUUACUGUAUGCUACAAAGAUCUUCAAUUUGACCCAGACCAUUUGUUCAAAGCUGAAGUGUUACCUGGUGCUGUCAUGCCAGCACCCACCUUGAAACCAAAUGACUGGAAUAACAGAAACCCAGGUCAGCAUUAUCGCCCUCAGCUUGGCUUCAAGCCCAACAGUGGGUACAGGGAUAACUCUAACAACUCUGCUGCUGUCAGGUUGAUCAGAAAUACUACAGGAAUGGGAGGUCAAGGCUAUGUGAUGUCAUCCCAAAGCAUGAUGCCCUCAAUGAGAGCAGGGCUGAUGGGAGCCGUCCCUUCCAGCCAUGGCAGUUCUGGAUAUAACUACUCAGGAUACAACGGUGGAGGUCACAGAGGGGGAAAUAGCUACAGAGGUGGGUACGGUGGUCAAGGUGGGAAUAAAAGCUACGGAGGACAGAACAGUUACAGUGGUCAGAACAGCUACGGUGGUCAGAACAGUUAUGGUCACCGCGGUGGUGCAGGGGGUGGUGCUUCAAACAGGGACAGGCGCGGGGGGUACCGGGGAGGACAAGACAGCUAUAGUUACAGCACAUCACAACCAAGACAGAGUAGCUAUGGCAACCAAACCAGCUCCUACGGGAGCCAAUCCAGCAGAGGCCAGCAGUAUGAAAGUGAUGAGAGUGUGUACCAGUCCUACCCCGCAGCUCCACAGCAGGACAGAGGGUACCCUGCGUCAAGGAGUUAUGACGCCAGCAGGGGCAGACAACAACCAGACCACGCCCACAGAGAAAGAUACAGACCAUACUAGGGACCGUCUCCUUCUGUCACCCAUUAAAUUUCAUUUUUCAAUGUAUUUUUUUAAUAGGAAUUAAACUGUAUCAAGAUUCCCAUGUUGCAUACUAGUGUAAUUAUAUAACAAUAAGUCUUAAGUGACAUUUACAGGUCAGCAAUAAUCUCAGAAAUGUAUGCUAAAUCAGGUUAAUUAAUCAUACACAUAAAAAACAUAAAUGUGUGGAAAUUUAAUAAAUUAAAAUGUUUAAAAAUCUGGUAUGUUGAUAAGGAAGGUAGAUGUCCUCUACUGUUGUAUUGUUGAUUACCUCAUUGUAUUCAAGCUUAUGGCAUUGUAGACACUGAAUGAUUUAUGUCAUGGAUUUUUUUAUAACAUUGUCAUGGUUUUUAGGGGGUGAGGAUUGAUUUAUAGUAGCUACCUUGGAUGAAUGGAAAUGUAAAUAAUAACCUUAGUGUCUGGAUUGUUUGUAACAUUGUAACUUUCAGUGUCACUGUAACAUUUGUCUCCUGGAUAAUUUCUGUUGGCAUUUAGAUUCUGCAAGUACCAAGCAUUUGAAAUAUUUUUUGUGUGUUUUUCUAUGGUGUAUUACAGUAUUUUAUGUUAAGAAUAAAAAAAAAGUGCAUUGGGCACGGAGAGGGGAGGUGGUGGAUAGCUUCAUUUUUCAGUGGUGCUGUUUUCUACCAGGUGUGAUGUUAGUGAACCAUAGGUCGAUGCCCCUUGAUUAAUUGUAACAUUUUUGUCAUGUAGAUGUCAAUGAUUUCUGAAAUGUUGGUUCAUUGGAAAUAAACAAUUUUUAACA